UUCGGGCUCCGCUUCCGGGUUGGGCGGGCUUCGCCGGGGCGGGGUGUGUGGGGAGCUGGGGUGCCCCGCCCGCGCCGGAGAUGGAUGAGGACGGGCUCCCGCUCAUGGGGUCGGGCCUAGACCUGACUAAGGUGCCGGCGAUUCAGCAGAAAAGGACGGUGGCAUUUCUAAACCAGUUUGUGGUGCACACCGUGCAGUUCCUCAACCGCUUUUCUACGGUGUGCGAGGAGGUGCUGGCGUGCAUCUGGGGUCACACCGGAAACGAGGCCCCCGCCGGUAUCAGAGCUGGCCCCCGUGGUUCUUUUUUCCUGGUAGUUCUGGUUCGGACCCUAACAUUGAAGCCCGUGACCGAUCUAGAGCUGCCUUUUCGUCUGGGUGAGAAACUGGCAAACCUCUCUCUUCGUAUCCAACAAAUUGAAACAACUCUCAACAUUUUAGAUGCAAAGCUGUCGUCCAUCCCCGGCCUCGAUGAGGUGACGUUGGAAGCGUCUCCGUCGAGCGUCAGCAGCGUCACACACAGGUCCCAUUCUGAAGCCGCUCCGGAGCAGGCCCAGCCCAGCAAUGCACAGGACUCUGGAGCCCAGGAAAGUGAAGCUUUGUCAGAAAGUACCGUGACUGUGGCCGAGGACCCCAGAUACGCCAGAUAUCUCAAGAUGGUUCAUGUGGGUGUUCCGGUGGUGGCGAUCAGAAACAAAAUGAUAUCAGAAGGACUGGACCCAGAUCUGCUUGAGAGGCCCGACGCGGCGGUGCCGGACGGCGGCAGCGAGAGGGCUGCGGGGGACAGCUCGGACAGCGCGUCCUCCUUCAGCGACUGAGCCUCGCACGCGCGUGUAAAGGGGCGCUCACCUCCUCCAGAAACCUCAGCUCCGUCCUGAGACUUCGAGUGGCUACGUACCCAGCGCCAGGCUUCCGGUCUUACGAAUAAAGCGUUUAUAACCUGCCAGUGCUCUUGUUACCGAAGUAAGUGUUCUGAAAUGAAAACAGAAGAACCUGGGCUGCAGUGAGUGCCUCAGCGCUACUAUGGGGUAUUCGGGCACGGAGUGGCUCCCCGAGUGGAGCUCGUGUGAGUUCGGAAAUCAAAGAGACCCAUCGCAAAAAUAAAUGAAUUACACAACUUUUGAUUGCUUUAAUGUGAAAAAUA